GGGAAGGCGGAAGCGGUGGCGGGAUGGGGCGGUGCGGGGCCGCCCUGUGCCUGGCCCUGGAGGGGAACAUCGCCGUGGGGAAAUCAACAUUCCUGAAGCUGCUGGGUGCCACCUUCCCCGAGUGGCACUUGGUGACCGAACCCGUGGCACAGUGGCAAAAGGUGCCAGCCGGCGGCACGGCGGAGGCGUCCGUGGGCUCCACCAACCUUCUCCAGAUGAUGUACCAGGAGCCGGCACGGUGGUCCUACACCUUCCAGACCUUCUCCUGCCUCAGCCGGCUGAAGGCGAUGCUGGAGCCGCCGCCUGAGCGGUUCCGUGGGAACCCCCACCCUGUGCGGGUCUUCGAGCGCUCCGUCUACAGCGACAGGUACGUCUUUGCCAAGAACCUCUUCGAGGCCGGGCACCUGCAGCCGCUGGAAUGGGCGAUUUACCAGGACUGGCACGGCUUCCUCCUGCGGCAGCUGGGGCCCCGCGCCGCCCUCCACGGCUUCCUCUACCUGCGGGCGAUGCCGCAGACGUGCCUGGAGCGGCUGCGGCGGAGGGCGAGGAGCGAGGAGGGGGGCAUCCAGCUGGGGUACCUGCAGCAGCUCCACGGCCAGCACGAGCGCUGGCUGGUGGAGAAGACCACGGAGGUCCACUUUGCGGACGUGAAGCACGUGCCCGUCCUGGUGCUGGAUGUGGACAAGGACUUCGAGCAUGACGCGGCCACGCAGGGCGUCCUCAUGGCACAGGUGGAGGCUUUCGCGACAGCGCUGCGAGCCCAAACUUUGCCAUCAUGCCCCAGCCCUCUCUGAGCAGCGGCAGCAUCCCUGCCCACCGGUACCCGCGCCGAGCGGCAGAGCCGGGAAAGGGGCAUCGCCGCCGCCAGCUCUGGCCGAAGAUCCCGACACCAAGGACAAGGGACAAGUCCUGGUCCCCGACCGUCCCCCUUGGUCCUUUUAAUUUGGGCAAGGGGUGUAUUUAAGGCGCUGACAGCACGGGGUGGAUGGUUUAAGGCGAAUAAUCGGAGGUGCAGCCGUGUGAUGAGCUUCGGGGUGGCAUGACGUGCUCCCCCCCCACGCAUUUGGGGGACCAGGUUGCUGCCAUGACCCCCUCCCCAUCUAUAGGGAUCACCAGCCGGGGACGCCGGAGCCGGGGAUGCUCCGUAAGGUGGA